AUGCCUCCAUCUGCCAUCGCCGCCGCGCUCAAAGCGCCUCUGGCCUUAACAGCGCAGGGGCCGCCUCCAGCGCCCAUACCCGGCUUGCAACAAUGUCGCCGCACAGGACCCACGUCCCCGGAUCCCUCCAUUGUGACAUCUUCGAUUGCUGCUAGGCCUACUGCAACCAGAAUAACAACCACAACCACGAGUGCGGCCACUGCAGUGCCCAGUAUGGCCAUCGCCACAUGUAGGACAGGGACUACACCGUUUCCAAUGAGCCUACAGGAGUGUUGUUGUAAGGUGAUCAUCCGCCACGUCAGCGUGUACAACUGCCUGGAGCUGCUGGCGGUUGUGAGGGGCCACCAGGCGCCCUCCCUGGAGGCCAUAGCGGCGGCGUGUGUACGGUACGCGGUUAACAGCUUUGAGAUGCUCCAGGGGCUGUGUAGCGAGGUGCAACUGCGGCAGGCGUUGUCGGACGAGGUGUACGACAAUUUGGUUUCGGCGCAGCAGGAGCGGCUACAGGCAGUGGCGGACAUGCGGCGAGUGGGUCGGGUGUUGGAUCGGCAACCGCUGCUGCUAGGGGAUGGGGGCCCUAGACAAGUACCCUCCGUGUCAGGUCGGUAUGUGUCGUACCCGCCCGAGGCGCUUCAGGCAGGGCUGUCCUGGCCCGAGGGUGUCCAGGCCCUAGACCGGGAGACGUGGCUGGCUGAAGAGGACUUCAAGCGAUUGUUCGAGGGAUUAGAGUGGGCGGAAUAUAGCAGGUUGCCGGAAUGGCGGAAGACGAGGCUUAAGCAGGCAGCGGGUCUGUUUUGA